GGUGAGUAGAGAGAGUUGACUUGGAACUGAAAAACAAAGUUACCUGAGCGAAGCGAAUGAUUAUUUAGAACUCCGAAGUAAAAACACUUCUCAGCUCUUCUUGUGGAGGUUUUAGCCAGUUUACGUUGAUAGCCGGCUAGAGCAGGGUCAAGUUCAGAAGCCUCUGUAUUUUGCCACGAAGAUGAUGCGGAUUUUGGUGACACUGCUACUGGCAGCAUUCCACUCGGUUCCCUCUACAUGGGCCAUAUCCUGCACUGGCUGUGUGGAUCUCGAUGAGUUGAACUUCCAGAAGACAGUCGAACGUUUUCCCUAUGCUCUUGUGAAGUUUGAUAUUGCUUUUCCCUAUGGGGAAAAACAUGAGGCCUUUGCUGCCUUCUCGAAGUCAGCCCAUAGGGUGACCAAGGAUCUUCUAAUAGCCACUGUGGGUAUCAAGGACUAUGGAGAACUGGAGAAUAAGGCCCUUGGCGACCGUUACAAAGUAGACGACAAGAAUUUCCCUGCCAUCUUCCUGUUCAAAGGCAAUGCCGAGGAGUACAUUCCCCUACCAAGCCACAUGGACGUUACCCUGGACAACUUGAAGGCCUUCGUCAGUGGCAAUACCCCCCUGUAUAUAGGACCCGAUGGCUGCCUCAAGGAGUACAGUGAUGCCCUCAGGAACUACGCCAAUCUUCCCGACGAGGAGCAACUGAAACUCAUUGAGAAGUUGGAAGCCAAACAGGAGCAGCUGGCCAGUCCCGAGGAGAAGCAGAGCGCCAAGGCCUAUCUGAUUUACAUGAACAAGAUCCAUGAGCUGGGAUAUGGAUUCCUGGAGGAGGAGAACAAGCGUCUUCAGCGUCUCAAGGCAGGAAAGGUGUCGGCGGCCAAGAAAGAGGAGCUACUCAGGAAGCUUAACAUCCUGGAGGCUUUCAGAGUUCACAAGGUCACCAAGGCUAAAGGCGAAAAGCAGGAGCUGUGAGCCUGCCAAACUUAGUUAAUUUUGUAAAAUAUUAGCAUCAUUCAUGAUAUUUAUAAGUCUCGAAAAUGGGCAGUUAAUUGUUAAUGUAAAAUAAAUCUUAAACUAAAAGUAAAUGGCAGAUACUUUUCCAUCUACAGGUACAAAUUGUUGGUAUGUCAGGAGAAUGAAAGAAAAUUUUUUAUGUUAAAAGAAAUUGACAAUCUUAGGUAAGCUUAUUUAUGAUAAAGAGAAAUGUCACAUUUUAAAGGACUUCAAACGGCUGAUAAAAUAUUUAUCCAUUUAUAUCUAUAUCAUAUAGUUAAGUCUUAUUAAAAAUAUUGUUCGAAUAAAGUUUGAUAUAAACCGUUAA